AAACUUCAGUCCUCACCUUUAGCAUUCUGCCCUUUGUGCUGGCGUUGACGAUCAGCAUGGGCUCUUCUUUCCGCCACGAGUCUUCUGAUGCCUCUGCAAUGGCUACUUCCUUCAGCAUGAAGGAAGACAAUGACGAAGUUGAGCUGCAGUGGGCAGCCAUUGAGAGACUUCCUACUUUCCGGCGGAUAAGGUCGUCAUUGUUUCCGAGGGAGGGCCAAGAAGAGAGAGAGAUGGAGGUGAUAGACGUUACCAAGCUUGGAGCUCCGGAACGCCAUGUUUUCAUUGAGAGAUUGAUAACAAGAGUCGAGGAGGAUAAUCUUCGGCUUUUGAAGAAACUCAAAGAAAGAAUGGAAAGGGUGGGAUUGGAGCUGCCGACAAUCGAAGUGAGAUACCAGAAUCUGUGUGUGGAAGCAGAAUGUGAAGCUCUGACAAAUGUUGGAAGAUGCAACAUGCAACGAAUCAACAUUAAAAUUCUCAAAGAAGUCAGUGGCAUCAUCAAGCCUUCAAGGUUCACAUCAAAGCUAGAUAUCGCUGUAUCUACGGCAUCUAUGCACUCUAUAACUCAUGAGACUAAGCUGAUUUCCAUUGAAAUACAAACCAAUAGCUUAUGGCAAGCCAUGUUUAGUCUUAGACCUACUUUUUCUUGCAGGAUGACUCUACUGCUUGGUCCUCCAGGCUGUGGGAAAACAACGUUGUUGCAGGCACUUGCAGGGAACCUUAAUCACUCUCUUGAGGUGACAGGGGGAAUUACGUAUAAUGGUUACAAGCUUUUUGAGUUUGUUCCCCAGAAAACAUCAGCAUAUGUAAGUCAAUACGACCUGCACAUUGCUGAAAUGACUGUAAGGGAGACACUUGACUUUUCCGCACAUUGUCAGGGUAUUGGAAGCAGAACAGAUACAAUGAAAGAAAUCAGUAGAAGGGAGAAGCAAUUGGGAGUCAUCCCUGAUCCAGAUAUAGACACUUACAUGAAGGCAACAUCAGUAAAGGGAUCAAAAGGAACUCUCCAGACAGACUAUAUAUUAAAGAUCCUCGGACUAGACACUUGUGCUGAUACAAAUGUGGGAGAUGCCAUAAACAGGGGGAUCUCAGGCGGUCAAAAGAAAAGGCUUACUACAGGGGAAAUGAUAAUUGGUCCAACAAAAACUCUGUUUAUGGACGAAAUAUCAAAUGGCUUAGACACCUCCACGACUUUUCAGAUUGUUACCUAUCUACAACAAAUGGCACACAUAACAGAUGCCACAGUCAUAAUGUCACUUCUUCAACCAGCACCAGAGACAUUUGAUCUUUUUGAUGAUAUUAUCUUAAUGGCAGAAGGAAAGAUUGUGUACCAUGGACCACGCAGUAAUGUUCAAGAGUUCUUUGAACAUUGUGGUUUCAAAUGCCCUCCACGUAAGGGUGUUGCCGACUACCUGCAAGAAGUAAUUUCAAAGAAGGAUCAAGCUCAGUACUGGUAUCAUGAGGACCGUCCCUAUAGUUACGUUUCUAUUGACAAGUUCAGAACCGCCUUUAAAGACUUCCAUGUAGGACAGAAGCUAGAUGAAGAACUCUGCAGACCUUUCAAUAAAAACGAGAGCCAAAAAAAGUUGUCAUUCACUGUUUCCAGACUCGCAGUAUUCUACAAACAAAGAGAUUUAUACUUCUAUCCAGCAUGGGCUUAUUCAAUUCCAGCUGCUAUUCUAAAGAUUCCAUUUUCAUUGAUAGAUGCUUUUCUUUGGACUGUUCUGACAUAUUAUGGAAUUGGUUACAGUCCUGAACCACAGAGGUUUUUCAAACAAGUCCUUGUCCUUUUCCUACUUCAUCAAGUUGCAAUAUCACUAUUCCGCGUGAUUGCUUCCAUUGCUCGAAAUCCAGCUGUUGCAGCAACAUUUGGCCUUUUCAGCUUACUGGUCUUAUAUUUAUUCAGCGGUUUUACAAUCCCACUAGAAUCACUACCAACUUGGAUCAAAUGGGGCUUUUGGAUUUCACCAAUGGCAUAUGCUGAAAUAGGAAUCUCACUAAAUGAAUUUCUGGCUCCAAGGUGGCAAAAGGUUUCAUCAAAUGAGACACUAGGGCAUCUGGUUCUGAGAAAACAGGGGUUAAACUUCAAUCAAAACUAUUAUUGGAUAUCAGUUGCAGCUUUAAUAGGAUUCUGGAUAAUUUUUAACAUUGCAUUUACGUUUGCACUGAGUUAUUUAAAGUCUCCAGGAAGAUCUAGAGCUACCAUCUCCCAUGACAGGUUCACUUAUCUAAAAGCAAUAGAAGAUUCAACCAAUGCAAAUCAAGAGAAAGAACCACAAUCGACUCAUCCUUUAAAAGCUGUUACAGAAACAAAGACCACAGGGAUGGUGUUACCUUUUGAGCCCAAAACACUAACCUUUGAGAAUGUGCAAUACUUUGUUGAUACUCCCAAGAAAGUGAGAGAGCAAGGGUUUCUACAAAAAAGACUACAGCUUCUUCAAGAUAUUACUGGCACAUUUAGGCCUGGAAUUCUUACCGCUUUGAUGGGAGUUAGUGGAGCUGGGAAAACUACACUGAUGGAUGUUCUUUGUGGAAGAAAAACUGGUGGUUAUAUUGAAGGGGAGAUAAAAAUUGGGGGUUACCCCAAGGAUCUUUUCAACAUAAUGGGAUCAGUGUAUAUUUUCAUGAUAAUCAUUGGGAUAUCAGGUUGUUCGUCUGUGAUGCCAUUCGUAGGGACUCAGAGGACUGUUUUUUACCGAGAAAGGUUUGCUGGAAUGUACUCCUCAUGGGCAUAUUCAUUGUCUCAGGUGAUUAUUGAAAUUCCAUACAUCUUCCUUGAAGCAGUUUUGUUUUCGAUGAUUACAUAUCCAGCAGUAAACUUCUAUAAGUCAGCCUACAAAGUGUUUUGGUACCUCUACGCCAUGUUUUGUACGUUGCUAUACUUCAAAUACUUAGGCAUGAUGCUUGUUUCAUUGACUCCAACUUCCCAAGUGGCAGCAAUAUUCGCAAGUUUCUCCUACACGCUGAUGAGUUUGUUCUCAGGGUACCUCAUACCAGAACCACAAAUACCUAAAUGGUGGGUUUGGGCUUAUUGGAUUUGCCCGUCUUCAUGGUCCGUGGAAGGGAUUGUUACUUCACAAUAUGCAGAUGUGAACAAGGUAAUCACGGCAUUUGGAGAGCAGAAAACAAUCAGUGCCUUCCUGGAAAGCCAGCAAGGGUAUAAACGUCAAGAUUUACCCAUCAUAGCAAUUGUACUUCUUGCUUUCCCACUUUUCUUUGCAUCCAUUUUUGCAUACUGUAUAUCUAAACUGAACUUCCAAAGGAGGUAAAGGAAUGCUUAAUAUGACUCUCAUCUCCCAUUGGAGCCCUUCAACAAAGCAUUAGUGUGGAU